GCGGUCCAGAGGACUUUUAUUCCUCGAGCAUCUUCACAAUGUUCAAACACGGUCUUCGCACGUUUGCGACGACGGCUCUGCGUAGUGCAGAAGCCUCGACUGCAUAUAAUACAAAGGUCUCUACAGCUCAGGGAUGGGUCAAUGGCCUCACAGAAGCAAUUGGCAAUACGCCAUUGAUUAGACUAAAGCGACUUUCCGAAGAGACCGGUUGCAACAUUCUUGGAAAAGCCGAGUUCCAAAACCCCGGCGGUAGUGUCAAGGAUCGUGCAGCAUUGUAUGUCGUGAAAGAUGCCGAAGAGAAAGGACUUUUGCGCCCAGGCGGUACUGUGGUGGAAGGAACUGCUGGAAACACCGGUAUUGGUCUUGCUCAUGUCUGUCGGUCCAAGGGAUACAAGCUCGUUAUUUAUAUGCCCAAUACACAAUCACAAGGCAAGAUCGACUUAUUGCGACUCUUAGGUGCCGAAGUGUACCCCGUCCCAGCAGUUGCGUUUGACAACCCGCAGAACUACAACCAUCAGGCCCGACGACAUGCGGAGUCUCUCGAUAAUGCUGUAUGGACGAAUCAAUUUGAUAAUACCGCAAACCGACAAGCUCACAUUGAGACAACUGGGCCUGAAAUCUGGGCUCAGACUCAAGGCAAAAUUGAUGCCUUUACAUGCGCCACUGGAACAGCCGGUACUCUGGCUGGUAUCACUCGUUAUUUGAAAACUGUCAGCGACGGCCGUGUAAAGAGUAUCCUUGCCGACCCUCCAGGCAGUGUGUUGCAUAGCUACAUCCAAAGUGGAGGCAAACUCGCGGAACGGCAAGGCGGAAGUAUAACAGAAGGUAUCGGUCAAGGCCGCGUGACGGAAAACCUGAAACCCGACAUUGAUCUCAUCGACGACUCGCUCCAUAUUAGCGAUGAGAAGAGCAUUGAAAUGGUAUAUCGCUGCUUGGAUGAAGAAGGGUUGUAUCUUGGUGCUAGUUCAGCGUUGAACGUUGUCGCUGCCAAGGAGGUUGCUGAGAAAUUGGGUAAGGGUCAUACUGUCGUAACGAUUCUGUGUGACGGCGCAUAUCGUUACGCCGACAGGCUCUUCUCCGAUAAGUGGUUGAAGAGCAAGAAUCUUCGUGGUGUUAUUCCCAAACAUCUGGAGAAAUAUAUUGUACUACCAUAGAUUGUAUACAGCGACUCAAAUGUACAGCAUUGAGCUUAUUAUUUUGGCUUAUAUCAACUAUUCAACAGUCAAGUCCUUCGACAUUCCGUAUCCAUUAUAUGCGACUCCACGCAAAUUCCACAGCGAUGUUUCCUGCUGAGUGUUGCCUGCAGCGUCAUAAGCCCGACUCAGCAAGACUUUUCCAGUACCUCGCUCCAUAGGUACCGAAGCCUUCCAUAACUUCCAGCACCACUUAUCAUUAAUCUUACUUUUGGGGACACCCAGCUGAGCCUCGACCCAUGUCCCACCCCCAUCCCCGGAGACCUCAACCCGAGUAACUGGACCACAACGACCCUGCGGAACAGCGUACCCCUUAACCUCAACCCUGCGAUCCAUAGACAGCUUGACCGUCUCGCCAUCAUCUGGGG